GCACCUCACUAGCGAAUAUUAGUGCUACUAAUACUAAUAUUGUAGAUUGGCACUUGGCAUUCAUCUAUUUUAGUUUUGUUUAGCUAGCUAAACAAAAAAAUAAUAUUCGUAAGAAUUAGAAAAAAUGGAAGCUACACAAAACGAAGUACUAAAAGGAAGUUCAGAUAAUGCUUCACCGGAAAGUAAAACAGAAGAAAAACCACCCACACAAACACCACUACUUCAAGAUCCACCAAAGAAAUCAAAAAAAGAUGAUCGUUCAAAAAAAGAUGACAAAAAUGUUGAACAAUUCAUGAAAUCACUUAACUCAGUACCAACUCCUGACGAAAAACUGUCAUUAGUGUGUAAGAAAUAUGUUCAAGCAGCUGAAGACAAUAAAAAAUUACAAUUCUACAUUAAACAGUCAGAUAAACGUUAUGCCUUGCUAACCAAAGAAAAGGAACAAUUGCAAUUUGAAUACAAUAAAACUAUAUUAGUUAAAUCUAAGUUAGAAAAUCUUUGUCGGGAGUUGCAGAAACAGAACAAGGCUAUUAAGGAAGAAUCUCUUCUCAAAAUUCGGGAGGAAGAAGAGAGGCGUAAGGAAACUCAAACCAAAUUUCAGAACACCCUGUCAGAAAUAACAACAUUAUUGCAACAAAACAAUGAAAAGAACGCUAAGUUGAGGGAUGACAAUAUUAGUAUGACGGAGAAGUUUAAAAGUGUCGUUCAACAAUAUCAGCUGAGGGAGCAACAGGUGGACAAAAUGGCAAAACAAAUGACUUUAGAAACUCAAUUAUCUGAUGCGAAAUUGCAAAAAGCCUCUCUAGAGCAUCAAGCAGAACGAGAACGCAUUUUAGCCGAGAUGGAACAGAUGAAGGUGACCCUCGCACAGUACAGGGCGAAGAUCAUUGAACUACAGGGUACAGAGACAUCUUUAAAGGGUCAGCUGGCAAUUUACAUGGACAAGUAUGACGAGUUCCAGAACGCUUUGGUGAAAAGUAAUCAAGUAUUUGGUGGUUUUAAAGAACAAAUGGAGAAGAUGUCAAAAAAAAUUCAAAAGCUAGAAAAGGAAUCGCUUUCCUGGAAGAAACGUUGGGAGACCUCACAAACUGCUCUUUUGGAUAUGUGUGGAGAGAGGCAGGCCAGCGAGGAGCGAGCUGCUGCCUCGGGAAAACAUCUCCUGCAGAUGCAGAGCUUGUGUCGAACACUGCAGGCGGAGCGCACGCUGCUGCUGAACACGCUGAAGGAGCACGACAUCGAGCGCCCCGCGCCGCCCGCGCCCGCCGCGCCCGCCGCGCCCGCCGCGCCCGCCGCGCCCGCCAGCGACGCCAAGGUCGAUGCAAUGGCAGCAAAUUGUGUGCAACUAAGACAGAGUCUGGCGCACCUACAGAGUCAACUGAAUGUCCUGACUAAUAAGAAUAACACUAAAGAAGAAUCUCCGAAACCAGAGAAAUCGAAGAAGUCGAAAUCGAAAAAGAAUAAGGCUGAAAAACAAGCCCAAAAAGCCAGUCAAGACAGUAGUAAUACAAAAGAAGCUGAGAUUGAGUCAAGUGUUAAGGAAACGCCAAAGGAAAUUUCACCUACUACUGAAGAUAAUAAAGUUAAAAAUGAAGAAAACAGCACAGAUGACAAAAUAGAUAGUAAAACAAUGGAGAGCCUUAUACAAGCAAUUAACAUGGCUAAUAUAAACAUUUGCGAUUUAGAAGUUGUCAGUGAUGACAUUGAUAAACAAAAUGGUGAAGUGAGCGAAGAGAAGGCAGUAUUAAUAGAAGAAAUAGUCGAAAAACAAAACAAUGAACCAAAUACAGAAGUUGUUUUAAACGAAAAUGAAACAUGUAGCGAAAAUAAAGUUGUUCCAGCUGAACUAAAAGAUGUCCCAGUUAUGAACGUUGAACCGAUUAAUGAAACCGUUGAUGUUGAAAAGGACAAAAUUACUGGAGAAACACCAGUUAGUACAUAAACAUUAACGUGUAUCCUAUGUAAAUAGACUUUUGUGGCAUAUUUUUUGAUUCGUGUCAAAUUAAAUCGUAAUGCGAUGUUCUUUUAUAAAUAACUAGGAAUUGUUCUUGAAAAAAUUUGGUUUAUUGAUCAGUAUUAGGAUGAAAAAAUAAUAAUUAAUGUGUAUGUAUUGAUCCGAAAGCGUUUAUAUAUAUAUAGCAUUUUAUAUAUUAAUUUAAUUCUUGUAAAGGUACUAUAUUAUAUAGUGGGAAGUAUUUUUUAUACAAAUUUAAAAACACUGUCCAACGAUAUAUUUUUUUCUAGUUAAUAACUUGUCAUUAAACGAUUCUUAGAUAUUCUUAAAUGAAAUUAUAUGAACUAUUUCGGUUAUCCUGAUGCUAUUCUUUCUUUUCAAGUGUCUGUUGAGAGAGAACGGAAAGAAGAAUAGAAUAGAAUUAUAAAACGUUAAUGUUGACUUCUCAGAGUUGUUGCUGGUAGGGCGUUGUGCAAGCCCUUCGACAAGGUACCUUUUUUACCUUCGGGAAGGUACAUUUCACAUACGCUACCGCCGAAUAGUAACACUUAGUAUAGUUGUUCCGGUUUGAAGGUUGAGUGAGCCUGGAAUAAGGGACGUAACAUCUUAGUUCCCAAGGGUGGCGGUGGUGUCGACUUAAAAAAGUCGAAUCGAACCAAAUGAGGUACGGCAGAAAUCAGUGAAACCGAAAUACGAUAUAAUCUCUUAAGUAUAAAUUUGUAGUGAAAUCUCAUGAUAAUAGUUGUAUGGUGCUAUUUAAUUAUUUUUCUAUAAUCUUAAAUCUCGCGUUACGGUUUAAAUCGCUAAGUAGGAAUGUAAAUGCCUAAUAACUUUUCUACAUUAUUUUAUGAAUUAAAAUAAUCGUCGAAAAGUUUUAAUAUAAUGUUUUGUAUUUUAGUGUUAUAACGACUGGUUGCGUUUUGUGUGAUUAUAUCCGUUUUUAUUCAGCGCAAAUAAUUCGAUAGUGCCUGAAAUUAGUUAUGUCUAGUCAAAUAUGACCUUUUGUGUAUUUCUUGUAUGUGCGUGCAGAAUUUUUUAUAUAUAAAUGGUAGGUUUAAUGUUAAAUACACUAAGAAUUAUUUGCUUUAAUGUAUAACGAUACAUAAUUUAUUUAUUUACUUUAUUCUUUGGUUGGUCGCGCCAAAAUAUAUACACAAAUCACGUGUGGCAACACUGGCUAGCGGAACACUGAAAAUCCGUUCAAGUGUCAGCGUCUGUUUAGUUAAACGCUUCUUUGUCUCUUUCUGUCGUUAGUGAUAUGACAUUCGAAUGACGAAGACAGUAUUGCUUAACUUUGCCCCGCUAAAUAACGUUUAUAAGGCCGUUUGAUUUUAGUGUAUUUGACAAUUAAACAUCGUUACCUAAAAUGACGGUUUUUUUUAAAUAGACUUUUCUUUAUGACAAUAAGAAUAUAUCUGUUUAUGGUUUUGUACAAAUUAUUUUCUUUUCUCAUUAUGGUACGCCUUGCAUUUAUUAAAAAUU